AUGCUUGCCCUAAUUUGGCUAUUAGUUGCGUUUACUGGUGCAAAUUUAACAUGCUACGAGUGUGAAUACAUAAAUUGGCAGUAUGAUAAUUCUCUUUGGCCAUGCGAUCAGAGUGCUGGCCCGUGGAAAACACUGACGAACUGUACGGCGUGUAUAAAACAAACUGAAGUGCAGAAAAGCGACUUUAGGAAACCUCGAUGGGGUCAAGAAGAAACUGUUUUGAAAACAACCACAAGGUACUGCGUUGUUCGAUUUCCACCUAACUUUCCUGAUCAAUGUAUUUACUAUUAUGGCAGUAGCUCCGUCAUGGAGCAAUGUUUCUGUUCCUCAGAUUUUUGCAACACCACGAAGAAUCUAAAACUCCACUCUUCUCUACUUCUGUAUAGCAUGUUUAUAUUGUUUCUAAAAGGCCUUUUUUGA